AUGCUCGGUUCAUCAGAGGAAACUCAUAGUUCUCCUCCUCCUCUUCACCACUCUCCUUCUAUCACAGACCACGAUCGCGCUUCUACUCGGGAUACGACACCCGUCACCACCCCCCUCGGGUUUGGCGUAUCGUCCCGCAAACCAGUCAGGGAACAGGCCCUGGAACAUUCGUGGGCUGGAAAUUCACUCGACCCAGAAGACAUUCAUUCACCAUACCACGAUACUCGAGAUUUUCGUACUCAUCUGAAAGACGACCUCGACUUUCCUCUCUUUCCAUCCUCACCGACCACCUUUGGCAAGAUGGCAGGAACAGCUGCUCCCAUCGACAUUGCCACUCGUCAAACCUCUGUCUCUCCUCCGGGACAGCAGGCAUCGAAUUUAACAUCUGCUCUGCAGAGAGCUGCCAAUGGAGAGCGCACCGGGAGCAUUUCUCAUUCCAGUGGCGUGGGUCUCAACGUCUUCAAGGCCCCGCCUCCUCGCAAGGACUCAAUCAGUGCAGCCACCGCGCAAUGGGGCAAUGGAACAAAACCAAUUUCGAUGGCGGGGUCCAACCGCGAUAAACCCCGUCGAGAAUCUCUUGCUGGGAGUUUAGUUGGUGGUAUGAGUUGGGGAGGUGUGUCUGUAGGCAGCUGGAUCCGUGAUGAUAUUAUUAUGACUGGCACUUCUCCAUUCGCUUUUGGACAAUCGCCCUCUUUCCACUCCUCCUCAUACCUGCCGAAACUGGAAGCGAACUUCAUGCGGGAUUUUUCUUGCUGUGGAGUGACGCUUCCAACUCUUCACGAUCUUUUGCAACACUACGAAGAAGCACAUGCCACGAAAUCGCCUCAGCAGAGUCAUCGCCCAAGUCAAACUGAUGGCCGAGCUGCGCUAGCCGCCGCGGCAAUGGCACAACAACAGAACCAACAGCUUAACAAUCAGGGUCGUGGUUUGCAGGUGGACAGAGGCUUGGAUAUGCAACGAAAAUUGAGUCCGAAUCCACCACUCCAGCAACACCCCGAUUUAGAUACCAUCGAUGACAUGGAACUGGAUGAUGCCAUGGGAGACAUCGAUCCGACCGCUUCGCAGAUGUUCUCGAGCCAGGCGCGGGAUAACACACAAGGAGGAUACGGAACUCCUAACCCGAGGGUUCCGCAACUCAACUUGUCUAUGCUCCCAAGCCAUCAAGGUUUCAAGAGCUCGCAGCCCGGGACCCCAGUUCCUUCUGGACACCCUCUUUCCUUGCAGAACAAUCCCACCGUAUCUUCUGUGAAUACACCCACUCUAAUGGCGAACCCACUUCAAACCUCUCAGUUUCGGAACACACCAGACUCAUCGGCGCCAGGCACUCCAGCAGAGCUGGACGAGAGCGUAUUAGGCGGCUUCGGCGAUCUAGCGAUGCAAAACAACCCGAUGAUGCAAGGACAAUCACAGUUCAGAUUUGCUGGUGGUAAUGACAUGGUGGAUCUCUGUAUCGACGAGCCUGCGAAACGACUGUUCAGUCCUACUGGAGGACUCAACACGUCCAAUGCGCACUUCAAACUUAGCGGAGCGCAAUAUGGUCCCAAUAGUGAGAUUGCCCGGCGCAUCCGGGAGCAGCAGCUGCUGGCAGGCGUUCCCGAUACCACGGCUCUACUCCCCAACGAAGAGCCCAAGCCUUUCAGAUGUCCUGUCAUUGGGUGUGAAAAGGCCUACAAGAACCAAAACGGUCUCAAGUAUCACAAAGCUCACGGUCACAACAACCAGCAAUUGCAUGACAACGCUGAUGGAACUUUCUCGAUCGUUAACCCUGAGACCUCCACACCAUAUCCCGGAACUCUGGGCAUGGAGAAGGAGAAGCCAUACCGCUGUGAAGUGUGCGGGAAGCGUUACAAGAAUCUCAAUGGUCUCAAAUAUCAUAAAUCGCACUCCCCGCCAUGCAACCCCGAUUUCCAGCUUGCCGCAGGUCGCAAUCUGGCGUUCGGAGGAGGAGUCAUGCAGGGGCAGAACAUCAAUGUUGCUGGGGCUGGCCUCCCCGGUAUCGGCGAGGAAGGUCUUCUUUGA